UCUUCCGGCCGGAGAAUGAAGGGGGCAGCCAGGCCGUGGGGAGUGGUGUCCAAACCGGGGAGCCACGGAACGGAACGAGGAGGAAAACCGCUGCCUGCCGCCACGGGGGGAAUGAGGCCGUCCAAGUCCUCGACCUCGCUGGCGUUCGACUCACGGCUCAGCAAGCUGAAGAGAGCCAGCAGUGAAGAUAUGCUGUCCAAGCCAGGAGGUAUCACAGCCUCAGGAGGCUCCAGGCUGAAGAAGACCAUAACGACGGGGGCCAUCUCGGAGCUCGCUGAGAAUCGCCUGAGGCCCAGCACAGGUUCCACCCCGGCCUCCAAGCGCACUGGGAUCCCUGCACCGCGGGAGCUGCCAAGCGCCGUCGCCCGAGAAAAGGCGGUCCUGAGGCCCAGGAAGGCUCAGCCCAGCCCGACGUCUUCUGGGGCGCCAACCCCCACCAAGCAUUCGCGGCCUUCCCUCAAGCCCAAGAAUGAGGCGGAAGCUGGAGAGAAGGCGGGCCUGGCGUCCCAGGUCAAGGAGCUCCUGGCCGAAGCCAAGGCGAAAGAUUCUGAGAUCACCAAGCUUCGCAACGAGCUGAAGAAGCACCAGGACAAGGACCUGGCUGGUCUGGUGGACCAACCCGUGGACGGUCUGCCAGCCGAGGUGGAAUCCCUGAUCCAGGCCCUUCAGGAAAAGAACAAGUCUUUCCAGAGGGAGCUCUUGAACCUCGGCGAGGAGAACCGGCUCUUGAAGGAGAAGCUGAGCCAACGGGAGCAUUCGCCGCUUUCGGACACCAUCAGCAGCAGCAGCCUGCCCACCCCCACCACGCAAGAGUCCAGCUUUGGAAGCCCAACACAGCCGUCCCUUUGCAGCAACGCCAACGGCGGGAGCCCCUGCGUCAAUGGGCCUCCUCUGCGCAACUCGGGUUCUUCCAGCAGCGACGUUACCAAAGCCUCCUUGUCUCCCGAUGCCUCGGAUUUCGAGCACAUCGUGGACGUCCCCUCGAGGCCCGCGUCUUCUAGCAGCAACGUCUUCAAGACGUCGAGAUGUUCCACCUCCGGGAGCUCGCCGAACAACGUCAGCGACCUCUCGGUGGCCUCUCUUACGGAGAGGAUACAGCGGAUGGAGGAGAACCACCACUGCACGGCGGAGGAGCUGCAAGCCACGCUGCAGGAGCUCUCCGACCAGCAGCAGGUGGUGCAGGAGCUGACGGCUGAGAACGAGAAGCUGGCGGAGGAGAAGGCCAUCCUGGAGAGCUCCUUCUGCCAGCACCGGGACCGAGCCGAGCAGCUGAGCCAAGAGAACGAGAAGCUGACCGCCCUCCUGCAGGAGCGCCCGAAGGCUGACGAGAGCAAAGCCAAGGCCCACGAGCUGGAGCUGAAGUGCGCCGAGCUGCAGGAGAAGGCCCAGUUCGAGCGGGAGAAGAUGCUGAACAUCCAGCAGCAGCUCACCAGCAGCUUGAGGAGCCUGGAGAGGGAGCACCAGGAAGCCCAGGGGGCGGUCAAGAGCCUGGGGGAGGAGGCCAAGCGGCUGGGCGGCCUGCUGGAGACCGAGCGGCAGAACAACUCCGCCCUGGCGAGGACUCUGGAAGACUGCAAGGUCCACCUGGAAGGGCUGAAGAUUGAGAGCGAGUCGCUCCGGUCCCAGCUGGACAGCGAGAAGCGAAAAGCCGCCGCGAUGGACGCCAUGGAGCACGCGGCGAGCGGCUCCGACGUGCACGAGAUGCUGCGAGGAAUCCGAGCCGAGAGGGACCAGUUGGAACGAGCCUGCACGGAGCUGAGGCAAGAGCUGCUGAAGGCCCAUAGCGAAGUGAAGACGCUGCAAGGGCAGCUGGCCAAGGUCGAGAAGGAACGGGAGCAGCUGAAGGAGACGUGCGACGGGCAGGCCGAGCAGCUGAGCCAGACGGGUCUCAAAUUGCAGGAGAGGAACUCGGAGAACGAGGCGGAGAUGAAGAACCUGAAGGAGACCAUCUUCGAGCUGGAAGACCAGGUGGAGCAGCACCGGGCGGUCAAGCUGCACAACGACCAGAUCAUCAGCGACCUGGAGAAUAACCUGCUCAAACUGGAAGAUCAGAAGUUGGAACUCGAGAGGCAGCUGAAGAUGCUGAACAAGCAAAUUAAGGAAGACACGGAGGAGUGGCGCCGCUUCCAAGCCGACCUGCAGACCGCCGUGGUGGUGGCCAACGACAUCAAAUGCGAGGUACAGCAAGAGCUGCGCACCGUCAAGCGGCGCCUGCUGGAGGAGGAGGAGAAGACUGCCAGGCUGCAGAAAGAGCUGGAGGACGCUCAAGGAACCUCCCAUGAGUUUUGGAUACUUUUCCUUUGCAGGCUGGCACCGGACUCCAUCAACUGUACGGAGGCAGAAGCUCCCAAUCACUGGCAAGGCGUCUCGGUCAGCCGCCUUUCACCAACCCCACCCGAGUCCUUGGCCACCGUCAAAUCGCUGAUCAAGUCAUUUGAUUUGGGAUGCUCAGGAGGCACUGGGCAAACCGUGCCCAUCCACAAGGUGUGCCGGAGUCCUCUCAGCAACAUCCCCACCCGGACGGCUCCGGCGGCUGCCGUAUCACCCAUCCAGAGACAUUCUACCUUUACCAACCCCAAAUCCGGUGGGAAGGCUUUCUCUAAACAUACCGAUCUACUGGAACUCCCCUUGGGGGAUCUGCUCAAAGGGAGAAACGAGGAGCUGAAGCCGGACCCUUUCCUACGCAAGAGCCCCUCCCUGGAGUCUCUGAGCAAGCCCCCCACCAUGACGUUUGCCGGCAGGAUGUUCACUUCCACGCCCAGCGGCUUGAAACCCCCGAGCAAACUCAGUGUGGAAAGGAAGGAUCCGUUGGCCGCGUUGGCCAGGGAAUAUGGUGGCUCAAAGCGGAACGCGCUGUUGAAGUGGUGUCAGAAGAAAACCGAGGGGUACCCGGUAAGUAAAGAGAUGGCUGUCUUUUCCUCUUUGGAAUAGUCCUUCUUCCUUAUCUCUUCGGAGAGAACAUAGGCAUGGGUUUGCUCUUA